AUGGGCAUCUCCUUUACCCCCAAGCUGAUCACAGUUCCGGGACGCGUCUUGAGCAACCCUUCUGUUCGUUAUAAGGGUCAGGGAGUGGCUUCUAUCCGCUCUGGUAGCUGGAACCUCAAUAAUUUAACAUUUAGAGUUCCUGGCGCUCCCUUGAAGGAUUGGGCGUAUGUCAUGAUUGGAGAUGGGCACAUUCCUUCUGAUCCGGAUCGCGCCGUCGCGGACUUUAUCAACACCGCCAGGGCACAAGGUCUAACCUUGUCACCCCCACUCAAGGCUAGUGCAAGCUCUGAUGGCCUUCCAUGGGUGAUGAAUUAUAGAGAUCCCGGCAAUGUCGAGAAGAACGUGGAUGAGAUGUUUAGACGAAUCAAGUCAAAUGCCAAUCUCAAGAACGCGAGACUACUGCUAGUUGUCCUUCCAAAUGAUAACCCAACAGUAUACAAACGGAUCAAGCUCAAUGGUGAGGUCUUCCAUGGCAUUCAAACCGUCUGUGUCAUCAUGUCGAAGUUUAUCAAGUCGAACAACGUGCAGUACCAUGCCAACGUUGCCAUGAAGUUCAAUUUGAAACUCGGAGGUACGAACCAUGUUCUUGAUGAUUCCAAAAUGGGAAUCAUCGCAGGCGGCAAGACGAUGGUUGUUGGCAUUGAUGUCACUCACCCUGCCCCAGGAUCAUCUGAGACCGCUCCUAGUGUGGCCGGCAUGGUUGCCAGUAUUGACAAAACCCUCGGCCAAUGGCCAGCAAUUCUAAGAUUGCAGCGUGAGGCUAAGCAAGAGAUGGUCGAUGAUCUCACCGACAUGCUCAAGUCCCGCCUUCGCCUUUGGCAUAAGAAGAAUGGCGUGUACCCUGAGAACAUCCUUGUCUACCGUGAUGGUGUCUCGGAGGGUCAGUACGGCAAGGUCCUGCACGAGGAGCAUCCUCGCCUACUCAGGGCCUGCAAGGAACUUUACACUGGCGGAGUAACCGCGAAGCUGCCUCGAAUGACUAUCAUCGUCGUUGGGAAACGGCACAACACUCGUUUCUAUCCAACCAAGGCCGAGGAUUCCGAGAAGGACAAUGCUCGCUGUGGCACUGUUGUUGACCGUGGUGUCACCGAAACUCGUAACUGGGACUUCUUCCUACAGGCCCAUACCGCCCUUCAAGGAACUGCUCGUCCUGCACAUUACUAUGUUGUCCUCGACGAGAUUUUCUCCCGCCGCCAGAACCCGGCAUACCCAACCGUCGCCGACGAGCUUGAAGACCUCACUCACAACAUGUGUUACCUCUUCGCUCGUGCCACCAAGGCUGUCAGCAUCUGCCCACCGGCGUACUAUGCGGAUCUUGUUUGCGAGAGAGCAAGAGCUUAUCUCAACUACUUCUACGACGAGAACCUUAGCCAGAAGUCUGGAUCGGCCUCUGUUGCUUCUGCCAAACAUCUGCAGCCUCACCCCAACGUUAUUGAUACCAUGUUCUACAUGUAA